AUGAACUCCGCAUCGCAGGGCGAGAAGGCUCUUGCCGAGUCAAACGCCCCCCUCGCCAUUCAACACUUCACCCGUGCCCUAUGCGAGUUGCCCCGCGCCCCAGCAUACUAUAUAAACCGCUCAACUGCCUAUUCACGCCUGAAGCCUGCCGAUGGUGGUCCGAACCGGACUGCUGCGCUACGCGAUGCCGAAAUUGCAGUUUACCUUGCCCGCGAGCGUGGCAAGCGAGAGCUUAUCCUUUCCGCCCAGAUGCGGCGCGGUAUCGUCCUAUUCCAGCUAGAGCGAUAUGGCGAUGCCCAUUAUAUUUUUGAGAAGAUUGAGGUCAAGGCAGGUGGACCGAGCCAACCUGUUGACAAGUCUGAGGGAUUCAAGAACGCCUUGGCUGGCGGGUGGACGAAAAAGGACGGAUACAGUGCAGAGUUGCCGAUCUGGAUGGCGAAGGUCCGUCGGAAGCUGAGUGAGCUUGAAGGUGACGAGAAAACCAUCGUUACUGUUUCCGAGUACCCUACCGAUGUCCGUGUGCCUACUGAGAAGGAGUUGAAGGCUGAAUGGGAGAGACUCAAGUCUGGAAAGUCAGGCGCUGAGGAUUCACCAGCUGCCCAACCUACUUCCAGGGCUGCGGCUCCGUCUGCGGAGUCAAAUGUGGACGCCGCUGAGCAAAAGCCUGCUAGCAAUGUUUCCGCUGCAGCUGUUCCGGAGAAGGUCCGUCAUGAAUGGUACCAAUCUCAGGAUUCAGUUGUUGUGACACUGUAUGUGAAGAAUGUCCCAAAGGACAAAGUUGAAACGGAGCUGAAGGACGACUCGAUAUCUCUUCAGUUCCCUCUACCAUCUGGUUCCGAAUAUGAUUUCACCCUUGACCCCCUCUAUGCUCCCAUCAAUGCCUCGACCUCCAAGGUCACCGUCAUGGGCACGAAAAUUGAAAUCGUCUUGCAGAAGCAGACACCGGGCCAGAAGUGGAAUGCUCUUGAGGCGUCCGCCGGUACCACGAAGCUCGCAGACCGACCGUCCGCGCCAGCUGCACCGGCCUCCGCUACCGCCGGGCCUGCAUACCCGACCUCAUCCCGCCAUGGCGCGAAGGACUGGGACAAAGUUGCGUCUACCCUUACGGCCAAAAAGUCCAAGAACACCAAGUCCAAGGACGAUGGGGACGAUUCCGACGCUGAAUCCGUAGACUCGGACUUUGGUGGUGAUGCCGUGGACGGAUUCUUCAAGAAGCUUUAUGCCGGUGCUGACCCUGACACUCAACGUGCUAUGAUGAAGAGCUACAUCGAGAGUAAGGGCACUUCGCUGAGCACAAAUUGGAGCGAGGUCGGAACCAAGACGAUGGAACCCCACCCACCCUCCUAG